AUGGAGCAUAAGAAAGGUUCUUUGUCAAGCACGUUAGACACUUUCCACCAACAUGCAUGUGACGGAGAGUCGAUGACGGUCAAGUGUCCACAGAAGACCAUCAUCAGUAUACAGUUUGCCCAGUAUGGCCGCCAGGUCCCGAGCAAAGAAAUGUGUCCGGCAAGCUCGUCGCUACAAAAUGGGGUGUACAGCAACACGUACCGGAGCUACAGGAACUACCGCGCACUGACGUAUGGACAGCAUGAAGAUACCAACUGCCAAGCCACCACGUCUCUACAGGUGCUCCUUGACUUGUGUCAGAACCGACACUCCUGCCACCUGGUGGCCAGUGCUGACACCUUUGGCCAGGACCCAUGUCCUGGAACAUCCAAAUACCUUGAGGUCGCCUACAAGUGUCAUCCAAUCUUGCUCCCACCAACAAAUCACUUUGAUGACCUCCCUCCUUAG